AUGGCCGGCAAUGUUCACGGUGAGCACAACGUCUUCAAGAACCAGAAUCUGCGAACAGGUUCUUCCAAGAGGUCGAGAAGAAGGGGAUCCCCCACGCUGCUGGUGCCUACGGAAAUGGUCAAGCCCGAGCUUUGGAGGAUCACAGAGAGCGAUCUAGAGCAGAUCUUUAACGGCAACCGAACAUUGAAAGAGCGCGUGACAAGGUUCACAAAAGAAUCUGGCUCCCUGUCGGAUGAAGUCCUGUACGACUGGGUCGCUUUCCUCAUCCCCUACUUGAAUCUUGAGUUAGAGACUAAGGUGGUGAAGCCGUUUUUCGCGAAGGAGGUGAUAGUCGAGGAAAUGUCCAUGGACCAAAAAGAAGGCACGGCCAAGAUGAUGGUCGUCCCGAAGGUGGAGGAAAUCGACAACCCGGUGCUCACGGGGAUUCCCGACGUGAUGCUCCGGUUCAAGCCAGUCGAGGGCGACGGCGACGGCAGCCAUCGCUAUCUCAGAAUGUACUGGCACGAGCCUGGUCCGGACAAGAGCAUUGUCGACGAGUUCCAUAGGUUGAUGACGGCAGAGAUGUGGAAGGAUCUAAAUCCGAUCUCUGCCUGUCAGCCUGAGACUGUCACCGAAUUUGAUCGCCGUGACAAAAGCGACCUGACGGGUUUUGUCAAAUACCAGAAGAUCGCUGCGAGCGCCAAGACCCUUGGAGCCUUUUCAGCCGAGGCUGUCUACACGGACAAGACCCACGUCGACUUUCCACAAAUCCCCGUCAGCGCUAUGUGCGAAACCUACGUCCCCAGCAAGAUCUUUGCGAACAGCCAAGAGUUCUAUAGCCUCUCUUGCGUUGUGUUUAUAGGCCACAACGCUACCGUCGUUGAUGAGCUCUACGGGAAGCGCCUACGAGCCGCGCAGACUUACCAUACGUCACCUUCUGGGCCGCCCUACUCUCAUGGCGGCUCGAAUUCGCGGAGCUCUGUCAAGAGCGACUCUCGAAUUUACGAUUACGGGAAUGGUAGAAUUUUUGACAUCCCAAAAGGUCGGCCAGAUCAGCUCUUGCAGCGCCGCAGGUCCUUUGUUAGAUUUGAGGACGCCAACUCCUCUCCGCGGCAGCAAUCCGCCAUCUAUCACCCAGCUCCUCCCAGCCCUUACUCGAAGCACUCCAAGCGACCGGGUCGCGGAAUCCUAAAAGACGUCAACACGCCCCGCCCCUCGCGGGCGUCUGAGGCUGACGACGAGGAACCUGACCUUUGCAGACAAGAACGAUAUGGCGCGUCACGCCGACAGAAUGACAUCGGCCGUCCCAGAGGAGUCAUCGGCAGCCGGCCUAUCCACGUCGCUGAGGGCGACUUCAUGCCCAGCAACAACCAAUCUCGUUAUCGGCGGCCCGGUUUGGCAGAUCCUUCCGAGCUGGUCAUAAGCGUGCGUGCGUUAGGAAUCCAGGACGAACGACGACAGGACAAACGCGAGCGCCAUAUCGAACACGAGCCACAUCAACGCCUGUGUGACCGAAUUCACUUAGGCCAAUCCGGCUUCCGCUACGUUGUCCCCGCCACUAACCGCAAACCUCUUCAUCCCUUUCAAGCAUGAGAAACAGAGAUUAUCUGUCGUUGGAAUAGGGGCGAUAGGCAGAGCGACAAGAUUUCCGGGAAAAGUCGGACAGUUAUUAUGGCCACUCGAUAUAAUGCCUCUUGUAAUGCCAUAGGCACAUGCCUAUGUAGUUAGUAGGGGCCUGAAAUCUCGCAUAGACUAUGACGUAAGAGAAACAACAAUCUGUGCUUACGUGACCAUCACACCCAGCCCUUUUCCAGAAUCACUCAUUCAACAACGAGGACAAUACGACUCCCGUGAAAUGGAAGAUGAGCUUUGGCCGAAA